AUGCUGCUGCUGCUAUGCUGCUGGGCUGCUCUGGCUGCUGGCCUCCUGCGCAGCCGCGAGUGUGGCCGCGAGACACGACCGCGACGACCUCUUCCGUCGAGGGCAGCCGUUGUCUCAGGCCGUCGUCAGCUCGACUCCUCCCUGUCGACGCACCGCGCUGGGGGGGUCUCCGCGACGGCGCACCUGCAGCAACCCCGGCCUCUACAUUUGCCUCUCCUAGCGGCGUCUGCUCUGCGCUCUGUCCACGACGGCGUGCCCGCAAUGAGUGGCCCACAUGUUGGGCCAUGGCCUCUUCGGAGGCAAUAG